AUGGGUCGCAAACCCAACCAACUCAUCCUCGAGUUCUUUAUUCGAGGUCAAAAGCUUGAAGAUGCCAGUAAUCGCUAUCAGCAUACGUGCAAGGCAUGUGGCGAGAAGUUUCCCAAAGGCCGCAUCGACAGCCUCACCAAUCAUCUGGUAAAGAAAUGCACCGCGAUCCCGUUGCGGGACCGACAACGCGUCUUGUUGCGACUCCACGAACUUCCCGACCUUGCGGAUGGUGAUCAGAAUAAGGACUCGAAUUCUGCAGGGCAAAAUAAAGGGAAAUCUGGCGAGGUUUCGUUUACAACGCGCCAGAAUUUUGACGGACUAAAUGUGCUGGCCGAAGCGUCGCGACAGGUGGGUGCUUCUGACCAGACAAAGCGGGGGACUCCUGCAUUUCCCCAGUCCGUCACUGUUGGGGGAAAGACUGUUGUUGUUGAUCCUGCGCUCGAAGCGGAGGGUUUUCAGGGCCAUCCUACUCAAUCUGACCAAAUGGAUGAGGAUGUUAAGAUUCCGGUUUCCCCCAAAUCGCCUACAGACGCGACCACAAUCCCUUCGCUUCCUCCUACCGGUUCGCUUGAUCCUUCGUCGGCCUCGCCGCCUUUACCGGAGACUUCAUUGACUCCCGACCCAACCGCCACUUCUCGGCAGUCGCAGCUGUCCAUGAUCGCCGCAUCUGCUAGUGAAAUGGUACCUCACGGCCUCCCGUUGGAUCAUGAUCCUAGCUCUGGACUUUCUGACGGUUUGUCUAAGAUGAGUUCUGCAUGGAACCAACAGCUUUCGACUCAGGAACAAUUGCUGUUCGACAGCCUCCAGGAGCAUGAUCCGACCCUGACAGCAGCGACCCAACGCGCUGCCUCCUUUCCUCGCCCCAUCGCAAUGAACCCGAACACUCAGGCUAAGGGCUUUGUCAACGAGUUCGGCAAUUCAACCAAGCCAGCUAAGCCCAAAGUUCGCGGCCGAUUCUCCGCAGCCAGACGCCGGGAGGUUCAGGAAGUGAGGAAGAGAGGCGCGUGUAUACGCUGCCGUAUGCUCAAAAAACCUUGUUCCGGCGACAGCCCAUGCACUACCUGCGCUAGCGUUGAGAGCGCGCGUCUGUGGAAGCAUCCGUGUAUUCGCACGCGAAUAGCGGACGAGUUCGAGCUGUAUCAUGCUAAUCUGCAUGCGACGUUAGCUUUCCACGAUGUUAGCAGUAUUCGAAACCAGGUCAAAUUCGAGAUCUUCGCCGGUCGUAUUGAGGUCACACAUUUCGAGGAGAGCAUGGUUUUUGUUACGCUUGCUGGACAGCAGGGCCAUAAGCCAUCGGCUUCCACACUUGAUCCCCAGCUCCAGGGGCUUGGGGACGAGACGCAAUUCCAGGGGCCACUCCAAGAGAUUUAUCUGCUGGACAAUGACAUGGAUGACGUCCCGGGAAAAAUCGAGAUGUACAUCAAGAAGGCUGGCCCAUUCUUCUACGAGCGCGAGGCCUCCGACAAUCCAUCUGAUAGUUUUCAGGAUUUGUUAUUAGAGCGAGUGUUAGAGUUGUGGGUAGCCACACAUAUUCUGGUUGACGCCGAUCUACACUGGAAGACUUUCAGCAACCCGACCUUACCGCCCGCCUCAUACAACUCCUUUGCGCAGCCUACAGAUGACGGGCGUAUUCCCAUAGAUGAAAUCACGAACGCCGAGUCGUACGCACUGUUGUGCGGCCAGUUGCGCUCUGCGACAGAGAAGCGUGCAGCGGCGCUAAGCAAAUCGGUGAUGAAUGACCUGGAAAGGAGGCUCCUUCAGCGCCAGCAAAGCGGCUGGUUUGAGACUUUCCUAGUCUCUCUGAUCCUCCUGAACUGCGUCGAGAGAACAUGCUGGCUGUUCCGAUCCUGGGAUGACGAGAACUUUUCGCAGCGGUGGCCGCUUGACAAGCGGCCGCAGUAUUAUGCGGCGCAAGGCGACCGUUUCUCGGAUAUCCUGCAUAUGUUGUUGAAGAUGCGGAGUCUGCCACCCAAGGCGAACCCACUGCCGGACAGCGGGAUUCUCAAAGCUGUGGAGGGCAGUGACGAGAACGCCAUCCGUUGGUUUGACAUGAUCAAGAUUACCCCACUAUACCUAGAACAGCGUCAGGCCGCAGGGUUCGAUCCUACUGAUUCUCGAUCGUUCGACCUCCGUUAUGGAGCGAAACUGCUGCCGCCUGCAAAUGUCUAUGCGUGA